AUGCUGCAGAAUUCCGAGCAUGAUGUGCGCCGAGUUGUGUGCGCGGCGGACCCGGCUGCCUUUGUGCCGCCAGCUGUAGUAGACAGCCUGGCCAGCCAGCUCUCGCGGCCGAUUGCUGUGGAAAUCGCACACCUGCCUCACUGCCCAUCUUGCGGCUCAGCGCUGGCACAUAAGACAUCUACUCCUUGCCGAGUGCUGUCUAGUGGAGGCCUAACAGAAGCCACGCACGUGGCCUUGCAUUGCCGCCGAAGGAAGUGUGACCUUGAGGGCAAGAUUGUGUGGGCCAAUUUCCUUGCCAACAGCCGCGGCGACCACACGUGGCUGAAAGGAACUGCCCGGCCAGACAUUGCCAUGCUCUCGCCUCAUUUUGGCGUCACUUGGGAGUGGCACGUGCAGUUUGGGAAGCGCAUCCUGCACCACCACGCAUCUUUUCUGGGGGAAAGCUAUGUGCAUGGCCUUGCAGCUGCAGGUUUAGACCAUGGAAACCAACGCGUUCGUGAUGCUUGGUGCAAACUGCAGCUGCUUCACAAAUGGGACUCCAUUGCAGAAGGCCCAUUUCCGUUGAGCAGGCCAUUUGCGGACAUCUUUGCUGGGUGCCGGAAGGAGUACGAUGGAUGGGUGCGGGAGCAAUUUCGUGCCGCCGCUCAGCCUCAGCCCCAGGUGGUUGUGAUCGAUGGGAACCAAAAGCUCACGCGCAGAACGUGCGCUGAGCUGCUGACAAACCUUGAGACACUGCCAGGAACAGACUUGAUGUUUCUGCAAGAUUGCUCGAGAACGCCCAAGCGAAAGAAUGCCUUCUGCUCAGCGCACACCCGGCCUCCUGUUCAUGAUGAUGGCAUUCGGGUUGCGAAGAAAGCCUGCGUUGCGGGCAAUCCUGCUGCCCUCUUGUGCGCUAGCCCACGCACUUGCGCGGUAGAAUGGCCACUCAGUCCUAUGCUGCGGGAUGUGGUUCACUUUCAGUCCAAGAUGGCCCACGCCAAGCGACGAGGAGCUGCAGGGGAAGAUCUAGACAUUGCCCAAGCUGCAGAUUUUGUGUCUUGCCGCACAGUCAAGAUGCGGCGGCGCGUCAAUCGCCGAAGUGGGGGCUGGCUGGUGGCCUGCGCUGCUGAUGGCGCUGUUCUGGACGCAGUGGAGUUUUUUGGUGGGGAGUCUUUGACGCAGCGGGCUGCUUUCGUGGCCCGGCUGAAGGAGCGGUACCCGUUCAUCGCCACUGUGGUGCAUGAUGACAGCUGCCACUUACGCAGGUUCAUGGACCACUGGUGCAGAAGCUGCCCGCAGCUCUGCUUCCCUGCAAUGCAUUACGUCAUCGACAAGUUCCACGCCGUCACGCACUGUGAUGCUUGGUGUCGCGCCAACUGUGCGCCAUCAACUCCUGUCAACGAGGUUCAAGGUUCUCUCUUCUGUGGCCCAGAUGGCUGGGGGCUCGAGUGUGCGUGGGACCUUGUGGAGAAGGAGUGUGAUGUAGGUGGCCUCUUUGGUGACAAGGGGAAGAAGUUCUUGGAGGAAGCGGCCGCCAAGCGAAGUGAGGAUUUGGAGCGAAGCCUCCCCUCUUUGCACUGCAGUUGUUCUCAUCAACCCUCGCAAUCCCGCAAAUCCAAGACUACGUCCUUGGCGCGCGAAGUUGGUCUGGUCCUUGACGAGUACGCGCACCGGCGUGUCCGUGAAGAACUGCUGCGCCGCCACGGCGAUGGACAGGAUGGAGCUGACCCCGUGCUGGAUGAGCUCCUCGCCGAGCCUUCGCCCUCGUGCGUGCUGGAAGGAUUCACCCCGGAGGCGGGGCGGGGAAAGGCCGUGUCCGGCGAUUACUCCAUCAAGAAGGCUAAAGGCCGCGUGUGCAAGGCUGGUGGAUUCGGACGGCUAGCCAAUGUCGACGAGGUGUACCCGUCCUUUUUGUCCUUUGGCCUCAUAGACAGCGCUGACACAAAGGGCAAGACUGGAGUCAACUCGUGCACUUCGCUUUUGAACCGCUUUCUCCAGACUGGUGGCAGCAGCAAGCUGACGCGCACUGCUGGCGCAUACGGUGGUGCAGCUGCUCAAAGCGUGAGCUUUGCGCUUGUCGGGAACGCGCACCCUUCCAUGGCCAUGUCAAUGCUGGAGGGGUCAACCGGCUGCCAGGUUGCGGCUGCUCACGACAGGUUGCUUUUCUUCACGGCCCCCAGAGUAGCACCUCACGAAGAGGUGCCAGAAUCUGUCCAGGUUGAGGGUCCGCGAUAUUUUUGGGCAGAUCUUCCACCAGAGCUUGCGGACUUGGCCGGCAUCGCGCCGCUGCUGACGGAUCCUGAGCGUGCAGCUGUGUCAGGAUUGGAGCGGGCGGUGGAUGUCCCUGCGGAGGAGACGCCGCAGUACAUCUUCAAGCUGCCUGACGGGGUGGUGACAAGGCUGAAGUACAGUUGGACCUGCGGCGAGCCCCGUGCCCAGAUGCGCAUCCCCAACCGCCUCGUUGUGGACAGUGAGGGCUUCUGCGUGGCCGAGUGUGCCCGGAGGGUGGCAGAGCGCUUCCGUGACCCACACCAGACGCUUGAGAUGGACGACCACGGCUCAGGCGUGGGCAGAGUGGGGAGUGACAAGUUGGCGACCCGCAUGUCUAUUGGUCCAUGGCAUUUGGGCAUGCUGGCAGCUUUGAUGGCGCUCUUCGAUGUGUUUGUUGGGGCCUGCGAGGAUGAGAAGGCCGUGACCGUGCUGAGAGGAAAGAGUCACGUGUCUUUUGGUGACCUGAGCCUCAGAAAGGUUGAGACAACGGCUGAUGGAUCUAGGCGAAAGGCUACGGUGACGAAGGAGUGCUGGGGCCAGGUCAUGAGUGCUGCCUUCGAGAAAUACCCCAUUGGCAAGUUCGACCGUGGCGCCGUCCACUUUUCGCAGCCCCCUGAUGAGCCCAGUGAACGGGCAAUCUUUCACAACUACUUAGUGGAUUGCUGCCAAGUGUCUUUGAGGCAAUUUGCAGAAGCGCUUUCAAAGGAAGCCAAGAAGGCCGCGCUUCCAAAGGAAGCCAAGAAGCGCAAGCAAGAGGAAGGACAGCAAGCCGAGGACUAG